AUGAGUAAAGCGUCGACCUCCUCCUCGUCCUCAGCACCAUGCAGAAUCUACGGCCGAUGGAUCAAUCAAGAGAUGGUCGUACCCCCAGAUCAGCACACCCCCAUCCUCGUUCACGUCUACGACAUACCCAUCCCCCCGUCGAAGCCGCUUACCGUUGGACUCCGCGUACAACUCAUCGGCCUCUCUCCAACAUCAUAUCACAACCGCGACUUCUGCCAUGCCUCCCCACAUUACGACACAUACGACCCGCAGAUCGAGGGCGAGGUCGUCGCGCUCAAGUCGCUUGGCAAGUCUGUCGUCGAGUACGUCAUCAAAAACGAGCGGCCGGGCAAAGUGCACUAUGCGUACAUCGCGGUGCGCUACCUCCCCGGGGUCACCGCGAAGAUGGGGCUGUGGGAGACGACGUGCCACUGGAUGUUCUCGCAUGACAUGCGUGAUUGCAGGCCGGUCGCGUAUGAGGCAGAUGCGCGUGUAGCGGACAACUUACCCGCAUCUCCGACUCCUCCAGUGCGCUUCACGUACCCCAACCCGGAGUCGGCAGACACGCUCAUGGUCGGCGUGAGGGUAGGGAGGGAGACCAGAGGUGGACCCAAGAGAACUCCCCCACGAGACGACCGGGGUAGUAGUACAGACAGUUUGCGUUGGCCUUCGGAUACGGAUACGGACACGGAAACGGAUACGAAGACGACAACACGGCAUGCAUAG